GAAGCGACGCCGUUUCAUUACACUUGUGUUCAUAAUUAAAAAUCUCUUUCGUCCCCUAAACGUCGCCGUUCGUAUUGCCAAAUCAUCUCUAUUAUGUCUCCGUCGACGGCGCCGGUUUUCGUCGGUCCAAUUCUCGCGGUGGAUGCUGCCGUAUCUCGCGUGAUUCACACGGCGGCGAAGCCACUACUCCCGCCAUUUCUCCUCCUCCUCUUAGAGAUCUCCGCCGAUUUCCGAUUCUCCUUCCCCGUCUCCCUUUCUCUCCUCCUCUCCCCUCCUUUACGCCCUUUCCUCAUCCCCUUCCUCCUCGGCCUCCUCUUCGAUCUAAUCUUCGUCGGAAUCGUGAAGCUAAUCUUCCGUCGCGCUCGUCCCGCUUACAAUCAUCCCUCAAUGUCCGCCGCCGUAUCCGCUGAUCACUACUCGUUUCCCUCCGGCCACGCAUCUCGCGUCUUCUUCGUUGCCGCUUCCGUUCACUUCUUUACUUCAGUCGCAGAAGCUUCCAUGGUUGAUCCGAGCUACUCCUUCUUAGACGGAUGGGUCAGAGAUCAUCGUGAUGGGGAAGUGAAGGGAAAUGUUGUGGUGGGUGUAUGGAUCUGGGCAACAGUGACCGCCGUUUCAAGGAUUCUCUUAGGGAGACAUUACGUGCUCGACGUAGCUGCUGGUGCUUGCUUGGGGAUUCUAGAGGCUCUCUUUGCUCUUAGGUUUCUGAGAUUUGAACAGAUCUUUGGGAGGUAAACAAAAAAGUAUCAAAAAUGUAAUCUUUGUAUCAGUUUGUUGAUUCACAUUCUUGCUGUAAUAUUUGUGACAUGAGAGAUUCAAGCUUUGAAAUUGUUUUCUAUUUCUUUGAAGAAUCAAAGUUUGUUCC